AGGAUAAGGAGCCAACAAAUUUCCUGGGAAAGAAAGGACAUGUGCUUUGACUUUUUGAGUGCUUAACCCCAAGCCAAAAAAAAAAGACAACUUCGGAGAAGGGGGGAGGAACCAACGAGCUGCACAAAAGGGAUAGGAGCAGCUGGCCGCAAUACACCUUCCAGCAGUUAACUCAUGAAAAAAAACACUCACUUGUCAGCAGAAGAAAAGAAUACACUCCCAACAAAUCAGUUCGCAGAAAAUAAGAAAAAAACGAGCUCUUGGCCGCAGGGCUAGGGCAGAGCAGAAUCAAGAUAGCAGCUGGCCGGAUAGGAUGAAACGCAGCACAAGGAAGAAAACGCAGCUGAACAAUUACAUUGUAUCAAGCUACUCCAUGGUCAUCAAUUGCUAUUUUAAGCGGUUUCAUUCCUGCUUCUUCUCCAUCGUCCCUGUCUGUCAAGCCGAUUCCCUUCUUGACGCUGGUUAAACAUAAUUCUGCCAUGGAAACCGAUUCAAAUGAUGUUGGUUUCAGUGCUUCUUCUGCAAUUUCCCAACCCGUUGAUGUCCAAACAAUGCACCUUUCACCUGGAUCCACUAUGUAUUGGACACCCGAGUGUGAUCCCGCUGUAAAACCGUGUGUUGGUAUGUUGUUCAACAACCUGCAUGAAGCUAAGGUUUUUUAUGAUCAUUAUGCAUCAGUGUGUGGUUUUGAAACACGUAUUUUUAGUUCAUCAAAGGCUCCUGAUGGUGGUGUUAUUGUUUGGAGAUAUUUGGUAUGUAAUAGGGAGGGAUUCAAAAAUGUAUCUAAAUCCCGCAAGGAUGCAUCUAACAACAAUCUUUGCAAAACUACACAUAACAACGAUGGUUGCAUUAAUGAAGAUGCAGAUAAUGAGGCAACUCAUGAAAACGAGUCAUCAGAAUCCGAAGGAGGUGAAAUUGAUGGGCAACCUUCUGUUCAAGAUUUACAAAAUCCUGUCCUUGGAGGUGAAAUUGAUGGGCAACCUUCUGGUCAAGAUUUACGAACUCCUGCCCUCUGUAUUAAGGAUGAGAAACAGAGACGCCGAGUUUCCAAUAGGAUUGGAUGUAAAGCACGUUUAGUGCUUAGGUUUGCUGGCGCCAACACAUACAUGGUUACGUUGUUUGAAGAGAAGCAUAACCAUUGUAUGGCUUCUAGUUCUUCCAUGCCAUUUUUAAAAGUGAACAGGAAACUGGAUAUUGGUCAUCAAAAGUUUUUCCUCAAUUGUGUCAAAGCAAACAUUGGUACAACAAAAUGUUAUCGCUUGUAUAAAGAAACUGUCGGCGGCUAUUCCAAUAUAGGUGCCACAUCUGUUGAUUUUAGGAAUUUUAAACGUGACUUGAAGGCGUACAUAGUUGGCGUGGAUGCUCAAAUGCUCGUAGAUAAACUUUUCAGAAAGAAAGAAGUUUCUUCAGCCUUUGCUUUUGACUAUGAUAUCGAUGAGAGUGAUCAAUUGACACGCAUAUUUUGGGCCGAUCCUGUCUGCAUAAGGAACUAUGCUCUAUUUGGUGAUGCUGUUUCUUUUGAUGCUACUUAUGAGACAAAUCGGUAUAACAUGGUUUUUGCUCCUUUUACCGGUGUUGAUAAUCAUAACAAAUGCGUUACAUUUGCUGUGGGUUUGUUAUCGAAGGAAGAUGUUGAAUCAUAUGCUUGGUUGUUUCGUUGUUUUCUUAAUGCAAUGGGUCGUGAGCCAAAGUGCAUCAUAACAGACCAAGACCCAGCAAUGAAGAUUGCUAUUCCACAGGUGUUCACUACGACAUGUCACAGAUUUUGCAUGUGGCAUAUUAUGUCGAAGCUUAGUGCAAAAGUUGGACCUGUCUUGAGUAAGGAUGUGGAUUUCUUGAAUAAACUGAAUUCUGUUGUGUGGAGCCAUUAUCUUCAGCCUGCUGAAUUUGAAAAGGAAUGGAAUAUGGUGAUGAAAGAAUAUGACUUACUUGAUCACAGCUGGUUCACACACAUGUUUGAAAUCCGUAGGCUUUGGAUUCCUGGUUAUUUUGGUGACGUUUUCAUGGCUGGUUUGCUCAGGACUACGUCACGUUCAGAAAGCGAGAAUAACUUUUUCAAUGAAUUCACGAAUCCGAAUUUCAGUCUCAUUGAAUUUUAUAUGCAGUUUGAAAGUGCUAUGGAUUCACAAAGACACAAUAGUGCACAGUUGAUCAAAGUUUCUGAGUCAUCCAUUCCUGAGUACAAAACACCUUUAAGUAUUGAGAGAUAUGCUUCGUUUGUUUAUAAUAUUUCCAUUUUCUAUCUCGUUCAGCAGGAAAUAUGUUGCGCUUGUUUUUCUUGUGGUGUAAUUGGUGUUUAUCCUGAAGAUGGCAUGGUUCGGUAUGUUAUAUCUGAUGAGCGAGGUUUUACUUUCACUGUUCAGCACAAUAGAAAUGAUUGUACUACAAGUUGCACGUGCAAAAAUUUUGAAAGGAUUGGCUUAUUGUGUCGUCACAUAUUUUUCGUGUUUAAAGAUCUGAAGGUUAAUGUUAUUCCAGAUAAAUAUGUGUUACGCAGAUGGUGCAAAGAUUCUAUCCUAAAGCCUCUUAAUGCGUUUGAAGAUAAUGUUUUUCAACAGUGUGUUGGCACUGAAGAAAAAAAAGGAGCGAUAAAGCAAUUGUGGUCAGAUAUUCAUUUUUGUGUCGGAAUGAUUGAGCACGACCCUGAUUUAUUUCAGCAGUUUGCAGAUGUCAUUAAGGCACAGAAAGACUUGUUGUCUGCCUCUCAACAAAACAGUGCACCAUCAACUUUGAAAAAGGAUGUUAUCAAAUCAUUUUAUGGAUCAUCCAUUCCUACCGAAGUCAGUGUGCGCCCGCCUCAGCAAGCUCGAAAUAAAGGUUGUGGCAAGAGAAUCAAAGGGGACAAGGAAAAGGCAAUUGAAAUCAGCAAGAAGACUAAGAGACUUUGCAGAACAUGUAAUCAGAAGGUUUAUCAUGACAGUAGGAAUUGUCCUUUGAACUCAGAAAAAUGAUUACAGUUUUCAUGGAAUUUUGGAAUUGUCUGUAGUGUUUCUUUUGAUCCACCUUUUAUCAUUAUUUCUUUCUAUUCAUUAGUUAUUAUUACUGUAACCUCAGAGUUGUAUGACGAUUUGUAUUUCACUAUUUAAUUUACAAAUUCACUUAUGUAUUUUCA